CAAAAGUUCAGACAACGCGUAGGAACUAUUCCGAGAAUUCGCUGGAAUUUGUGGCGUACUUAUACUUUAUUCUUAUUUUUCGGUAAAUUCAGUACGGUUGCUACCAAGAAUGACAACGCAAUGACGUCAUCCACAAUCCCCGCACAGACGAUCGCUCCUGAGGAUCCUUACGCCGAUGGUUGCUUUGGUGUUCAUACUGCCUUAUCUUGUGGAAGAGCUGGCGGCCUAUCCGUUCUUGCCGCUUUAACGGCAAUAGGAUGCGUGAUCAAGCUGGUAUCGCUCCACAAGAAUAAACAUGAUCAAUGGCCGCACUACGUAAUCUUUUACUCAGCUCUGAUUGAGUGUGUCAUUUUCAUCAUUCACUGGCUGGCGAUCUACAGGUCUCAAAUGGUGUUUGCUGCCGAAUUUCUAGCCGCCGUUCAGGUUCUUGUCAUAUGUCACUUCUAUUGUUCCCUCGCCACGCUCGUCACAUUCCACGACAAUUCAAGAUUUCAAAAAAUUGGAGUUCCUGUUUUGUUGGUUCUGCUGACGUAUUUCACUGGUGUAAUGAUUUGGGGAAUGGUCGAUGUCCAGCCUGAUGAUACUGAAUGCACUGAACCACACUGGUUGAUCUUCACUGUGUCAGAGUUUGUGAUCAUCCAGGCGUUUCUUGUGGCAGCCAUCUAUAUUACACGAAAAUUGAACGGCAUCAAGACCUCUGUAGAAUUUAGACGAUCACAACAGUGUCAGUUGUGGACUCUCGUUGUUGCUUUGGAGGUGUCCGUUGUGACUGGUUUAGUCUAUGAUAGUGUGUCUGAGUCACAGGUUGGAGGUAGUAACUGCAUAUCUCUAUUCAAGACGAGCAAAUCAGGGUUUACUGUCUCCUACAUUUUCUUACGUAUUUUCAGAUAUCUCAUUCCGAUAUGGGCUAUCUGUGGUGUAUUUCACUUUCGUGGUGAGAAGAAGGCACCUUCUUCAGAGAAUACGUCAUCUAGUUCUCACCUUGAUCUGCCGUGGAUUGUUACUGAGCCAUAUGUGUCACAUUUUCAGUCUGACCCACCUACAAGUAAUAAAGAACCCCUUAUUCCACCUUGAUAUGACUCGGUGUGACUGUAAUCAUGAGUUAUAUUGUGUUUUAC